AUGUCUCAGUGCUGCUUAUCUGGAUUCAAAUGGGAUGGUAAGCCCAUCGGUGAAGAGACCAAACUGGGCAAGAACGACACCUAUGUCACCGGUUCCAACAAAGAGCAUGAGACUGCGGCUGGUCUGACUCAAUAUGCAACGCACCAGGUCGCUAUUCUCAUGAUCCACGACAUCUUCGGCUGGACCUUUCCCAACGCCCGCCUGCUCGCCGACCACUACGCCAAGGAAGCAGAUGCCACCGUCUAUCUUCCGGACUUCUUCGACGGUGAGGUCGUUACCGCUGGCGCAAUAGAGGGCGGCAAGUUCGACCUGAUGGGAUUCAUCGGUCGUCACUCCAAGGACAUCCGCUUCCCCGAGAUCGAAACCUGCGCCAAAUCUUUAAAGCAAGAGCACGGCUUCAAGAAGCUCGGUGCGAUUGGAUUCUGCUAUGGCAAAAACCUAGUCGACUGCAUUUCGACCGCGCACCCCUCCCUCCUCCAAAAGGAGGAAAUCGACGCCGUCGGCGUCCCGGUGCAGAUCAUCGCCCCGGAGAACGACCCACAGCUGACACCCGAACUGAAAGCGCACGCGAACAGCGUAAUCCCGAGCUUGAAUCUCGAAUACGACUAUCAGUAUUUCCCCGGAUCGAACCACGGUUUCGCCGUUAAGUGCGAUCAGAGCGAUGUGAAGCAGAAGAAGGCAUUGGAGAGGGCAAAGAAUGCCGGUGUGGGGUGGUUUGCGCAGUUUUUGCAUCUGCAUUAG